GUCCCCGAUCCGGUCAGUUUCGUUCAAAACAGUUCACGAACAACAGCGACCACAGUCUCGUUUGCUUGGCUUCCUCCAACACGAGAUGGAAACAAACCGGUGCGCAAGUACCGGAUUCGGUAUUCACAUUCCGACGAGGCGCAUAGCACUCAACAAUCUAAUGUCACCGAACUGGACGUGAAUGCCAGUCUGAGACGGAUCGAGUUGAAAAAUCUUCGACCGUAUACCAAAUAUCACAUCACUGUGGCUGCUAUCAACGAUGUUGGUCCCAGUGUGGAGAAUGCGCUCGCGUUGACCACCCAGGAAGCAAAACCUGAUGGACCGGUGAGACAGUUGGUAGCCAAUGGGACCGCCUCAGACACUAUUGUGGUCGCCUGGGAUAAUCCUGCCCCGGAACAUUUGAACGGUAAUGUCGAUCGAUAUUGGGUGUGUCGGCAACGUGUGAAUGAUAGUCUGACCGUAUCGGAGCUGGCCCGAUUACCGUGGCCCGAUGAGACUAGCGAGGAACAGAUGAGCAACAGUGGGAUCAAUGCUCGCGGUCGCUACGGUCCAAUUCACUGUGCCAAAGUGGUUCGACAACGUGAUUACGAGGUGACCGGGUUGCCAAAAUUCACAGCCUAUGCUUUUCGUGUAAUUGCACUGAAUAGCAAAGGUCCUUCACCGCCCGCAUUUGUUCAAGCUCGAACUUUGGAAGAUCUUCCCCAGGCCCCUCCGGCGGAUGUGACUUGUGCGUCACAACAACACAGCAUAACUGUCUCGUGGAAUCCACCGCAUCCGAAUACAAUCAACGGUAUCCUGACCGAGUAUCAUGUGAGCUAUUUCGCUGCGAACGCUUAUGGAGAACACAUUAAGGCCAACGCACUCAAUGGUAGCUGCGUCAUGGUAUCCUGGUCUCAUCCUCGUAAACCGCAAGGCCACACGAGAAGCUACUGUUUAGAGGCCAUACCUUUGGUUGAGACAGCUCAGGAUGGUAUUGUCAAUCUCUAUCCUUACCCAACUCCAUAUCCCGACCGUGGCAAAGGUCCUUGCGUCCGACCAGAUUUUUCAAGACCUUAUAAUUACUACUCAUAUUGUGCUCCUCUGGGUAUCAUAUCGAUCGGAGGAAAAUUGCUUGUACAGAACAAAAUGCGCGUUGUCAUGGAUUGUUUGGUCAUUGGAGGUUAUCAGCCUCAGUGGAACUAUCCUCACGAUAAUCUUGACGGCUUGGAAGUGUUUGAAAAUGGGACAUUGCUCAUUGAAAGUGCGAACGUGAUGCAUUCCGGAAAAUACGAGUGUUUUACUGGUUUGGACAAAAUUUUCUACACUCUCACAGUACAAGAACCACCACGAAAACCAAUAUGGCACAAAUUCACGCCCAGUCUACGCGGAAUCCAGGCCGAAUGGCUCUCUCCCGGUUCAACUCGGCUAGACGCGCCAAUUCUAUGGUUUCACUUGAACUGGACCAAUUUGUACACCGGUAUCAGUCAGAGUAUCCGGUUGCCCGCAGAUCAACGAACAUACUACUUGUCGAAUUUGACAUGCGCGACCACUGUCCGGUUCCAGCUGUGUGCGGAGAACAAGGUGGGCAACAGUUCGCUGACAGAUGUGACCUCUUGGACCACACUCGGUUCUGCUCCGUUAGCCGCGAAUGCUGCCCAACUGAUUCCCAACCAGCUUCGUCAACAAACCACAGUCAGUUUUAAUCUGUCCAGUUUUUUGCCCGGUAACGGAUGUCCACCAUUGUUCUAUCGUCUUCUAAUCGCCCCAUCUCAAGAUGGCCAUUUCGGAUUGAAGGAGCCGUUAAUCAAUCGUACUCUGACUCGAGCUGACUUGAUCACUUUAGAUGGACUCAGUCGCUGCUGUUACAAUGUUACGCAAUUGAGUUCCGGUGCACACUAUCAUUACAAAGUCGUGGCCACCAAUCCAGCUGGCUCAGUCAGUGUUCAGGGUCAAUUCUGGACUUUGACCGUGUUCGGACGUGAACCGGUUCUCCGACAAACCCAUCAGGUUGGCCAAGCUGGUCUACUACAACAACCCACUGUGAUUGUUCCAAUCACUGCCCUGUUUGCCAUCAUCCUCGUGGUCCUCAUAGCCAUUCCAUUUUUCUGUCGACAUCGUCGUCUGGAGGAGAGUUUACGACCAGCCAAAGAGCUGAACACUCAGUGUCAGAACGAUCUACGUCCCGGUGAUUCCCAAUCCGCUCAUCCCGUGGCCUCACAUCAUCCGCACGGUGCUCAUGGUCUGCCGCAUCAAGCACAGGCGCACGCACAACAUCAGCGUCUGCUCAUGGGUGGUCAACCACAUCAACCACAUCAUCACGCGUAUAACCCGUAUCAUCCCAAUCGUCCGGUUCGGGACGGUUUACCACCGAUUCCCGGUCAAUCAGACUCGCAAGCGAGCACUGUGGUAAUGAAUCACGUGACCAAUCGCGUUCCUAUUGAGGAAGAUCGUCUAUCCACCAAUUCGGUAGAUAGUGAAGGUAAUAUCAAUCCGUACGCCACAUAUGCUGCCAGUGGUUUUCCUGAACGGCCUGACGGAACGGGGCCUGCUGUACCAGGGACAUCCACGAUUGGGGCUAAAUCGCAUGCAGUAGUUACACUCGCAGACACGAUGCCCGGUGUUUCAUCCCGUGUGCCCGCUGCGGGACAUUAUGCUCGUGAUACAGUCGACGCUCGGAUGGGCACCUUGUGGAACACCGCGUUCAAGCGGGGUGGCACAAAUCACAUACAUGCAGGACCUGAUCCCAUGAUUGGUCAAUCUGCAGCCAGCACACAUCACUAUCACUAUCCAAAUCUGGACACCGGACAGAUUGGCAAUUCGACCGUUGGUCGACGACCCCGGUUAAUCCGUUGUGGAUCCGGAAGUCGGCUCGGUCCGAGUCCGGCAUUUGUGGACCCCAGGCUACUUCCCCCGGCCACCGCAGCCCUCAUCGAUCCCAUAUUUGCUCCUUAUGAUAAUAGCACACUGAGCGGCGAACCGGAUUUAGAUCUGGAGGAUGAAUUAGCCCGAGUUUCCGGUCUCGGACCGAUACCACCCGGAAUGCGUAGACGUGUGAACUCGUUCGAGUCAUUGCAUCGUCUUCCCGGUGGAUUAUCCCAAACCUAUCAUCGGGGUUUCGGCGCAGGUGUUCCUGGACGCUCACUUGUUCCAGGGGGUCUGAUCUUACCCGGUACAAGGACAAUGCUUCCAGCCGGCGCGGUCGGUCCAACCUCAGUUUCUUUCUACGAUCCAGGAGUCGGUAUUAGGCAACCUGAUCCGAUGGUCGCCUAUCGGGGUAGCGUUUUGUCCAGCACUACUGCUUCAUCCAACCAGGAUGAACUGAUGCAGGCGUACGAAUAUGGACGUCGCAAUCAGCCCAGAGGAUUAGUACACAACACUACGCAGCCCAGUCUGCUCCCACUGGGGCCUAUGGACCCUCGUCUUAGAGCUCCGAAUCGGACUGAAUCCAUGGAUCGAACUCCGACCGUGAUUCACCAUCCUGGACUCAUGACGCAAGUGAGCGCUCCAGCAACCGCAGCGAUGGCUAAUGCAUCAGUUUCAGGUGCUGAACUGGUAGAUGUCAGUGGUGCAGGUGGGGGUGGGGGUUCCGGGGAAUCCAGUGAUGUCACAGAUUCAGGUAUUCGACAAUUCACUCAACAGCCACCGAAGCCAGAUGAAGCCAGACACGCUACAUGUGAAGUGCCACUGAUGUACGACGGUGCUGGACCCAGUUCCGCUGCCGGACCGGGAGGAUUUCGUUCACGACCGGUCGCUGGGCGCAAUCGAACCGAUGGUCGUCACGGCUUCCCGUCACAAACGGGUGAUGCGGACUGGUCGUCCGAGAUGACCGACACGUAUGCCUCCGUUGACUAUAACGGUACCCCUUACGGACCGGGAUCCUCAGUCGCUGGUGCGGGUCUGAGUCGAGCGGGGCUACAGAAAGGAACACGAGGAUUGUACGGAGCUAAUGGUACAGCUGGUCUGCUGCCUGUAUCUACUCGGGCACGGCAACCACUUCCUGCAUUACCUGGCACUGCAACCACCAUUGGCUAUCCGGAUCCGUCCGCAUAUGGAACGCGUUACGGACCGGCACAAAGCGGUCCCUAUUAUCCGGCCACUGCCGGUCGACCAACUGCAUUUAAUCCGACGCGUUCGUCCGAACAGAUGAGACGGAGAGGACAACCGACCGGUACCGUGGAUCCACGAGACCUCACCGUCAGUGCAACUGGAACAGCCGCAACGGGGCGAAUUCAAACCUCUUUGUUGGACGAUUCCGAUAGCUAUCCGUCCGAAGUGCGAACACUAUUACCCCGAUCGAUCACGGGUGGAGCUCCUCCGAUCAGUGGUCGAACCAAUCGACCACGCGGUCCACCGGUGGGCAGUGAGCAACAGCAACAGCAACAUCCGCCGACUAGUAGCAGCACAAUCGCACCGAUUCCGAGUGGCGCUCCCCGACCGGAUUCAGGAACUGAGGAAAAUGUGUACACUUCCGAGUUCGUACUUGUAUGA